GUGUGUCUCAGUAAGCAGAUCUCCGAGGAUCACUGAAGACAUCGUCUGUGGGCUGAACAGAGGGAUGACUGGAGCUGAUUUCACAAAAACUGAAAACUCAGCUGACCCCUGACCCCAGACGAUACACACUUCUGCUGCCAGUGUGUGUGUGUGUCUGUUCUCAGUCAUGGAUCCGGAUGAGGCGUCUCCUCUGCGCCGCUUCGUCAUUGCAAAGCGAUCGAUCAGCUCCAUCUUUGAUCAGCUGCUGGACUUUGUGAAGGAUGGCUCCGCCUUCAUGGAUGAGGUGUGGCGCAGUGACGACCUGGGUCAGCUGGUGGUGGAGGAGCAGAACCUGGAGCUGCAGAGCUGCACCACCAAACUGACCAACAUCAGAGACGUUCUGCUCCGCAGACACAUGAAAGUGGCCUUCUUUGGCAGGACGAGUAACGGGAAGAGCACCGUGAUCAACGCCAUGCUGAGAGAGCACGUAUUGCCCAGCGGCAUCGGCCACACCACAAACUGCUUCCUGUCUGUUGAAGGAACGGACAGAGACGAGGCCUUUCUGACCACUGAGGCGUCGGACGAGAGGCGGAGCAUAACUACGGUCAACCAGCUGUCUCAUGCCCUCCACAUGGACCCAGCCCUGGACUCUGGCAGUCUGGUCAAAGUUUUCUGGCCGAAGAGUUGCUGUGCACUGCUGAGAAAUGACCUGGUGCUCAUGGACAGCCCAGGGACAGAUGUCACUCUGGAGCUGGACAGCUGGAUCGAUAAGUUCUGCCUGGAUGCAGACGUCUUCGUUCUGGUGGGAAACGCAGAGUCGACGCUGAUGAACACGGAAAAACUUUUCUUCCACAAAGUCAGUGAGAGAAUAUCCAAACCAAACAUUUUCAUCCUUCACAACCGCUGGGACGCCUCUGUGACGGAGCCUGACUACAUCGAGGAGGUGAGGAAGCAGCACCUGGACCGCGGCGUGAACUUCCUGUCUGAAGAGCUGAAGGUGGUCAGUGAGGAGGAAGCUGCAGGGAGGAUCUUCUUCAUCUCAGCCAGGGAAGUUCUGAGCUGCAGGAUGCGACGAGUGCAGGGCGUGCCAGAGAUGGGUGAGACAGGUGGUGGCCAUGCUGAAGGUUUCCAAGAGAGGCUCAGAGAAUUCCAGAAGUUUGAGAGGGCAUUUGAGGAGUUCAUAUCUCAGUCGGCAGUCCGGACAAAAUUCGGGCAGCACACGAUGAGAGCAUGGGACAUCACUCAGACCAUUACAGCAGUGAUGGAUGCUGUCAACAUUGCCUCUGCUGAUAGAAAGAUCUGCUUCCUGGAGUUUCGUGAGGAGCAGCGGGACCGGCUGGAGUUCGUUCGAGGACAGAUGAACAAUCUGACUGACAGUGUCAAAGCGAAGAUCAGGACUCUGACUGAUGAUGUCUCUGCAAAGGUGACCUUGGUGCUGUCGGAUCAGAUCCGCUCUCUUCCUGUUCUGGUGGAGGAGUUCAGAGCCGACUUCAAACCAACUGCAGAAACUCUGCAUAUCUACAAAAGCAAGCUGGUUCAGCACGUGGAGGAGCGGCUGAUCGGAGGUUUGUCUCACCGAUGCUCCACCGUCGUCCUCAGAGACAUCAGGGAAGCGCAGAGACACAUGUUAGACAGCAUCCGUCCUCUGCUGUCUCCGGCUGCCCAACUUUCUGUUCCAGCCACCUGCUUUGAUCUGACCUAUGACCUUAGACUCGCAGCAGUCUGCGCAGACUUCAGGGAGAACAUUGAAUUUCAGUUCUCUCUGGGCUGGACCUCCCUUGUCACCCGCUUCAUUGGAGCCGCCAAUGCCCGCCGGACACUGACCGGCCCAGAUGCUGGAUCACAGGAAAGCCCCAGCUUCAAGGACGAGAUGGUGGUUAACAUAGCAACAGGCCUGGUGUCUGUCACCUCUCGGGCCUCAAUGACGGUGUUGGUGGUUGGUGGAGUGGUGUGGCGUUCAGUGGGCUGGCGGAUCAUUGCUCUCUCCCUCUCCCUUUACGGCCUCCUGUACCUGUACGAGAAACUGACCUGGACAGAUGCCAGCAGGGAGCGUGUUUUGAAGCAGCAGUUUGUGCAGCAUGCAUCCCACCGCCUGAGAACUGUUAUUCCUGUCACCAGCCACGCCUGCAGCCAGCAGGUUUUGAAGGAGCUGUCAUCGACGUAUGGUCGCAUGGUCCAGAGAGUCGACCUGAGUGAAGCUGAGCUGGAGGGAAACAUCCAGCAGCUCAGCUUCAAGAUACAGAGGCUGGAGAACAUCCAGAGGAAGUCCAAGGCCUUCAGGAACAGAGCGGCAGAGCUGGAGGCUCAGCUGGAGGCCUUUUCUGCUCAGUAUCUGCAGGGAAACUGAAGAAGAACUGCUGCAGUCCUCUGGGUCGUCAGUGAUGUUACCCUCCAGCCUGUCUACAUGUUUGACUGCUUGUCAUUCAGCAGACAUGUCAGGGACUCAGGACACCAUAUUGGACUUGACACCACACCUGCAGCUAUCAGUUGAUGUGGUACAAGUUGGUCAGCUACAAUGUCAAGGAGCCAUUUAUUUCAUUCAGACUCAAGAUGGACUUCUCCAGAAACAGUCAAGUGUUUCCGUCAAGAGGCUGAAAACACAUUUUUCAGGAUUCUGGAUAGCACCAUUAAUAAUUUGUAAUUUAUUCAUUUAUUCAUAUAUGAAAAACAAACCAAACAGGACGACAAGUUGGUCAGUGAAUCACUGACCAACUUCAUUGUAUUUAGAAAGUACAAGAACAACUUGAAUUUGAUGUGGUAGCACACUCAGAAAAGGUUGUUGUGAGAUUUUGUUUGCCAUUGAGUUACAUCGCCUUCCUUUAUGUCAUCAUGUGUCUCACAAACUCCCAGAAUACACAUCCAAGUCAGUGGCUCCGUCACACUUAUGCGGGUCAGCCAUAAAUGUAGGUUUAAACCGGGAACAGAAGUUGUUUUUGUGCUAGUGUUGUUCAGGUUAAUGAUGCUGAUUUUGUGUGUGUGUGUGUGUGUGUGUGUGUGUGUGUGUGUGUGUGUGUGUGUCUUUGAGAAACAAAAACUCAGUCCUCUGUUUAUGCCAGGCUGCUGGAGUUGUAUCGUCAGCUGUGGUCUAUUCCUCGUAUCGAUGUGAAGAGACACAGAGACAAACCAAACUCUGAAGGUUAAACUGGACUUUUCUUGACGUUACCAAGUGAAAAUAAAUCUUUCAGAUGUGAAUAAUGUCUCUUCUGUUUGUGUUUGUUUUGCAACAUAUUUCAGAAAAAUUGUAACACUUAAGUUUUUACAGUUUUUAACCUCUUCCAUUCCCUCUCGUAGCAUUUAGGUUUUCAACUCUGGAUAAGCUUCUUCGCUCUAAUUCUUCAUGCAACCCUGUCUUAACAGCAUCAGGAUGUUGUCUCAUUUAUGGGGACAGGACUGCAGAACAGGCCAGUCCAGGAGCUAUACCCUCUUUUGCCAUGUCUUUAAGAUCCAUCCAUCCAUCCAUCCAUCCAUCCAUCCAUCCAUCCAUCCAUCCAUCCAUCCAUCCAUCCAUCCAUCCAUCCAUCCAUCUCUGAUCUGGGAUUGGUUGUACAGCAGUGUAAUCAGAGUUAGACCCUCUUGGGUUUUUUUGGUGCUUAUGGGCUUAUAGGAGGGAUGCCUUUUUGGGCAGUUUAGGCACAAAUUGGGUGUUGUUCCAUAUACAGUAAAGAUGAUGAAAUGCUUUAAAACUAUGAAAUUUGCCGGCUAAGGCAUAGAGGCACGGGAUUGGUGUCUUUAGGGACACUUGAUUUGCCAAUUGGGAAGUGUAAGGCCGAUUUGGGGGGCAGUUGGGACUUAGUGCUCCAAUCUGGAAUAUGUAUUUUUAGUCUUUUAGUUUUCUCCAAAAGUCCCAGACAUCCUCAAACAUUCGGUUCCAUGCACCGUCUUUUGGCCAUUUUUGGUAUUUGGCCAGUUGGGAACACAGACUGGGAUUUUGAAAAUGUAUUUCUCUGAAGCUGUGGGUGGAUCAUUGCUGUAGGUCCCUGUUGAAUUGUCAUCAGAAGCAGGGAUUUUUUUGUUGUCCCAGCAUAGCCCAAAUGAUAUUAUUCUGGCUUCUGUUUGAGAGGAGCGAGACAAGAGGUCUUUUAUGGC